GUACUUUGUGGAGUAUUUUAUGUUUUUUUGGUAAGUCUUUUGGUGACAUCUGUUACUUGCUUGUUAAUUUUUGUUACUGUACAUAGUUCACGAUUUGUCUAUUUUUUUGUAGAUUUGAAGCAAAAGAUGCCAUUUUAAGGUAGGGCUGUACUCAUUGACAUAAUUUUGAUGGACACUACUGUUUGAGUUGGCCUUGCAUAUUACAUAUUUAAUUGUUUGGAAACUCUUAAAAGAUUUUAUAGUCCAACAUGUUUGGUGAAGAACACACCUUUUAAUGGAUAGAAAACUAGAAUAUCAGGAAAAAGAAGUUAAAUGAUGGAACUGAAAAUUUAAUUUCACUGUGGAUAUUUUGAUGCUGCUUAAAAGUAAAUUAUCUAUUACAGAACAUAGGAAAAUGGAAUGAUCUAAAUCAUGAUAAAGAAAAAAGAAAACAUCUUUUUGUGCUUUAAUAAAGCCUUAAUUUUAUUUGACUCCGUUGCUCAUCUUAAGUGGGUUGAUAGGUGAAUAUACGGUAUGAUAUGAUUGGAAUUACCAAAUAAGCCAAAAUAAUGUGGCUUGUGGGUCGUUCAUCUUGAGUGCUUGUUUUUGAGUGACAAGGAUGAAGAACCUUAUAUUUAAUUGCUUCAGUUUGAGAUACUUGAAGUAGUGAGUUUUAUAUUAUGUUGCCUUGUGCAGGAACCUUUUUAUUUUGUACCACUUAUAUGGAUAAUUCAACAAGAUACCCUCGCAAAUUGCCUUCCAGUGUACAUGGACAUGGGCUGGGAACAUCUUAUUUCUUGGUGGGAAUAUGCUUUUAGCCAAGCUGAUGUUAUUGUUUUUCCAGAUUUUUCUCUACCGAUGUUAUAUAGUGUGCUUGACACUGGAAACUUCUUUGUGAUUCCUGGAUCACCAAUAGAUGUGUCGAAUGCAGAAAGCUACAGUAUAACCCACUACAAAAUUCAGUUAAGGAUGGACAAUGGGUUCAAUAAAGAUGAUAUGCUGGUUCUAGUUGUUGGAAGUUCUUUCUUUUACAGUGAGCUAUCUUGGGACUAUGCGAUGGCAAUGCAUGACAUAGGACCUCUGCUAAUCAAAUAUGCAAAGGGGAAAGACUCUGGGGGGGCAUUUAAAUUUCUCUUCUUGUGUGGAAACUUCACCGAUGGGUACACUGAUGCUUUACGGGUAUUCUACUGUGGAGUUGAUUGCUCCAUGUUUGGCUAUUUUCUUCUCUCUUGUAGGUAAGAUUUUAAAAAGUGGCUACAACCGUUACGUAACGGUUGCGAUGGUUACCGCCAUCCGUUACGGCCACUUUUGCAGUGUGAUUAAGAUUCACAGGUGUGUCGGCAGUAGCGACUGCCAUAGCGGUCGUAACGGUACCGUAAUAGCCGUAACGGCCUGUUACACAUCGUUACAUAACGGUUUUGAACUGCUUCUUUCGAA